CCGUAAACAUAGCCGGUGUUCAUUAAUGCUAACACGUCAUUUGCGAGGAAAAUAAUAGGGAAUCAUGGUAAAAUCAUUGUUAGUGGGGAACAUGCAACCCCAGAGCCGGUACCCAGAGCAUUUAGAGGGGGAAAUACAAUUUAUUACAUUUAAAAAAAACAAACGGAGUCUGAAAUAAUGCACGAAAUGGAUGAAGGUCUGCAGCCCACUCCAUGUCCAGCUGAAUGAAAAUGCGGCAACUACCACAUUGAGAUGAGGAACAAUUUUACAGCUGUAUCUAGGAGGAGAAAAACGUCAAAGAAUCCAGAAAUGUCCUUGAACGCCUCUUCGUUCUUCAACAACAGCCUUUCGAACUCCAACAUGUCCUCCAGCGUCUUCUUCGACUCUUUCUACACACGCUGCCUCAUCUCCAGCCCAAGCUCCUCCAUUUAUACCACACUCAUCAUCAUCCGAAUAUUCCUCAUCCUGCCUCUCUGCCUCUUUAUUCUCAACCACGCUGUUCAGCAGCAAAAGAAAAGUCCAUCCUCUUCCUCAGCGACAAGGAGUCACACCGACUACUUCACCUAUCAUCUGGUGACCAUGGAGCUCAUCGAUGUGUUGGGAUAUAUUUUCUCCUUCAUUGGCAUGAAUAACAAUGAUUUAUAUCUGAUAUACUCUGCGAUCCAUCUUAUGUUCUUUGUGUGGCACGGCCAGAUGUCCUUCCAUGUCCUGACGUGCGUGGAGCGCUACCUGGCUGUGGUUCAUCCCAUCGCCUACGUGGGAUUUAGGAAUGAAAGAGGAGUCAGAAUCAGGAACGGCAUCGUUGGCUUUGUUUGGUUGCUUUGCUUUGUUGGAAUGGCUUUAUUUGCUGUGAGGAAUCUGGUUUUUCCUGUCUGCAUGUUGAUAAUUUCCCUAACGAGCAUUUCCUUCUGCAGCCUGUCUGUGCUGCGUGUCCUGAUCCGGCCCGGUCCCGGGGAACAGGCUGAAAACCGGGACCGGGUCGUCCCGUCCAAGCAGAGAGCCUUUUACACCAUUUCUGCCAUUCUGGCAGCUCUUCUCCUGAGGAUUACAUGGGGUGCUCUUUACGUUUUCCUGUACCUAAGACAAGCAGCUGAUGACUGCAUCAUAUUAGUGUCAUGUGUCUGGUUCACCAUACCGAGCAGCCUGGUGUUACCCUCACUGUUUCUACACAGGGCAGGAGAAUUACAGUGCUGUAAGCUGCAAUGUUUGAUAGAGAAGCUACACUUUUAGGGUUCAGUUAAUGAUAUUUGAAAUUUCUAUCUAGGAAAAUAUUUAUGCACUUUACCAUUCUUAUAAAUUGGAACAUUUUACUUCAGUUUUUUCUUAAAGGGGAUGUAUAAUGUAAAAUUUUGCACAAUUUGAGACUCUACUGCUUCUAAAAACAGCCCCAGGGCUUAAAAAAGUCAGCAGUUUUUUAGCAAAAAGUUGUUAUUUUUUAAUGUUUAAAAACCUCUAGAAUGCAACGUCAUAAUUCUGCAGACACUGCGCUUCAUCCAGUAACCCCAGCGAAGCCCAGCCCGUUACCAAGCAACCCAAACCAAGUUCUGCCCAUCUCCUGGCAACCCAGGUUGAGCUGCAGGAAAAAAAAAUUUCAGCUGGUUUUGCUGCUGUGUGCUGGAAAAGACAAAUAUUUCGACUUACCAUCCAGAAACAACUGGCCACAUUCUGGUUGGUUGUGUAGGAGGCUCCGCUUUUGCUUUUCAAAGAUGUAGAAUUGCGAGUCUGUUUGCAGCUAUAUUCUCCUUUAUUUCCAUAGAAAUUGAUUAAUCCAGAAAUGGAUUUCACAUGGUUUUCUUUUGACUUUCCACUCUUUCCUGUGAGAAAAUAUAAAUAUUCUGGCCAAUAUAUUAAUGUAAAUUUCUGUAAUAGUGGUAUGUCAUGACAAAUAUUCAUUGUUUUUGCAUACUGGUACUUUCUAUUAAAAGCACAUGAAAGUAUUGAUUUUUUUUCUUCUUUGCUUUAUUUAAUAACCAUAAUUUAGCAUUGAAAUGUGUCGCCUGUUGAUUUAAUAAUGAAGAGAGUAAUUUAGUUAGAUGAAAUCCUGAAGUUUUUGAAAUGUUUGUUUCUAAGUAUUUGAUCUUUGCCAAGCAGAGUGCGCAUGUUCACCGCUGGGGGGCGCCAGUUCUGCAUUGAUCACAUUUGUAAAUAUGCAACGGAAAACUUCAACAUGCAGUUUGUACAGUUUUUUUUAUUUUAUUUUCAGAAAGUACAGUUCAUGUAUCAUCACACAUAAAACAAAUUCAAAGCCCUUAUCUCUUAAAAUGUUCAUAAUUAUUAUUGUAUAUCACCAAUUCUGAAUCCUGAUA